UGACUUUACCCAACUUUGUCUUGCUUAUUACAGAAACAUAAACUGGAUCCUCAUCAAAAUUUAUCACCACUCAACUUCCUCUCGUCCAUAAUCAAUAUCUGGUGAUACUCAAACUAUCGCAAGAAUUCAACGAAUCUUCAGAUCAACAAACAUACACACUUCAAGAUGUCGUGGCAGGGUACGUUUUUAUCUUUUUCUUUCCAUCUUCAAGGUGGAGCUGAGCUUACCCCUCCUUGGAACCCCUCUAUGAAUGAUACUUUGUUGAAAGGAGACGUUUACUAAUGAUUCCACGCAGCUUAUAUCGACCAAAGGUACGGAAUCCAUAACGAGAUGAAGAGACACAGAUGGAAUAGGAUAGGAAACUAAUAGGAAUAAUAGUCUUUGCGGAAGCGGACAUGUUGAAAAAGGAGCUAUCUACAAUUUGGAGGGAAACUCUUGCUGGGCCACCAGCCCUGACUUCCCGGUACGAAAUCAAAUCCUCAUUAUCUAUUUAUCCAUCCCGUCUUCAAGAUUCUUUUCAUAUACACAUCUGCCAGUUUGAUUUCGCAUUUUGACAGACGGAAUGAUGGUUUUGGGGAUGGAUACCAAGCACAAGUAUACGAUGUCUUACCGGAGACAAGCGCUGACAUACAUUAUCUAGAUCACACCUGCCGAAAUGCUAGAGGUCAAAAAGGGACUUGAUGGCAAGACAGAUGAUUUAUAUGCAAAUGGAUUUCAUCUUGCAGGCGAAAGAUAUGUUCUUACAAAAGUGGAUGAGGAUACUAAGGUUCUCUAUGCUAGAAAGGUAUGUUCAUAUUUCCACAUAGAUAAUUUCUCAGCCUUACAUACAUUUGUCAUCUCAUUAUUCAUUUUCCCACCUUUCAACAAUCAACGCAUACAACGUAUUCGAAUACUUUUACUCCGGUACAUUCAUAAAGAUACAUGCUAAUCUUUCAACUCUUUUCAAAAUAGGGUAAAGAUGGUCUCGUCAUCGGUAAAACCGUCCAAGCAAUUGUCAUAGCUCGAUACGUCGACCCAAUGAUCGCCGGAAAUACUUCAGAGACUGUCCAGAAAUUGGUCGAUUAUCUCGUUAAAGUUGGCUACUAAAUAUUCUGUUAAAUAUCAAACAAUGGAUUCAUUUUUCUGCUACUUUUCUGCAAGUUUUUGCUUUUGCUGCUGCUGCUGCUGCUGCUGCUGAUGAUGAUGAUGAGGCUGUUAUGAUGGAUGAACGGACAAACGGAUGAAUGAAUGAAUGGAUGUUUUGGAAGAGGAAUGAAACGGGAAGAAGAUUUGCAUAUGUGGAUAGAAGAAUAGGGGAGAGAGGGAAGAUAUGUCGAGGAAGGAAAGGAAGAUACUAGAAUAAUAGUAUCGAUCAUUUUGAUUGAUUUAUACAUUCAUACAUGCAAUCAUUCAUACAAUCCUAUGAAUGAAUGAAUGAAUGAAUGAAUGAACGAAUAAACGAAUAAUUCAUAUUACAAUAAAUAA